GCCCAGAGCUCCCAGUGCUGGCUUUGCACUAUGGAUACCUGGAGGGCCACACUCCUGGCCCAGCCAGGCUGAGCCUUCUGUCCUCUGCCUCUGGGUCCUGGGACCAACUCCCCCUUCUCCUUCCUCUUGGAUGGCACCCCCACCCGAGAGUCUGGACACCUGGGUUCUGCACUGUGGCUGGCUCAAGGAGCCAUCUGGUGACAGCCUCUGGCUGAGCAUGGCCCUUUCAGCCCUGGGCCUGGACUCCUGGAGCCUCCUGGGCCUUUUCCUCUUCCAGCUGCUCCUGCUGCUGUUGCCGCCAACAACCACGGGGGGUGACGGGCAGGGGCCCACACCCAGGGUCCAGUACUAUGCAGGGGACGGACGCAGAGUUCUUAGCCUCUUCCACCAGAAGGGCCUCCAGGAUUUUGACACUCUGCUCUUGAGUGGUGACGGAGGCACUCUCUAUGUGGGGGCUCGUGAGGCCAUUCUGGCCUUGAAUAUCCAGGAUCCAGGGGUACCAAGGCUGAAGAACAUGAUCCCCUGGCCAGCCAGUGACAGAAAAAAGAGUGAAUGUGCCUUUAAGAAGAAGAGCAAUGAGACACAGUGUUUCAACUUUAUCCGCGUCCUGGUCUCCUUCAACGCCACCCAUCUCUACACCUGCGGCACCUUUGCUUUCAGCCCUGCUUGUACCUUCAUUGAACUCCAAGAUUCCUACCUGUUGCCCAUCUUGGAGGACAAGGUCGUGGAGGGGAAAGGCCAAAGCCCCUUUGACCCCGCCCAUAAGCACACGGCUGUCUUGGCAGAUGGGAUGCUCUAUUCCGGCACCAUGAACAACUUUCUGGGCAGUGAGCCCAUCCUGAUGCGCACACUGGGAUCCCAGCCUGUCCUCAAGACCGACAAUUUCCUCCGCUGGCUGCAAUCGGACGCCUCCUUUGUGGCAGCUAUUCCUUCGACCCAGGUCGUCUACUUCUUCUUCGCGGAGACAGCCAGCGAGUUCGAGUUCUUCGAGAAGCUCCACACAUCCCGGGUGGCCAGAGUCUGCAAGAACGACGUGGGGGGAGAAAAGCUACUGCAGAAAAAGUGGACCACCUUCCUGAAGGCCCAGCUGCUCUGCGCCCAGCCCGGACAGCUGCCCUUCAACGUCAUCCGCCACGCCGUUCUGCUGGCAGACAAUUACUCCACUGAUCCCCAUGUCUACGCAGUCUUCACCUCUCAGUGGCGGGUCGGUGGGACCCGGAGCUCUGCUGUCUGUGCUUUUUCUCUCAAGGACAUCAAGCGUGUCUUUGAGGGAAAGUACAAGGAAUUGAACAAAGAGACUUCACGCUGGACUACCUACGGGUUCUCUGAUAUUAGUCCCCGGCCAGGCAGCUGCUCAGAGGGCCCCUCCUCUGAUAAAGCCUUGACCUUCAUGAAGGACCAUUUCCUGAUGGAUGAGCCGGUGAUUGGGACACCCCUGCUGGUGAAGUCUGGUGUGGAGUACACACAGCUUGCAGUGGAGACAGCCCAGGGCAUCGAUGGGCACAGCCAUCUGGUCAUGUACCUGGGCACCAGCACAGGGUCCCUCCACAAGGCCGUGGUGAGUGGGGGUAGCAGUGCUUAUCUGGUGGAGGAGAUCCAGCUGUUCCCGGACCCUGAACCUGUUCGUAACCUGCAGCUGGCCCCUACCCAGGGCGCCGUGUUUGCAGGCUUCUCAGGAGGCAUCUGGAGAGUUCCCCGAGCCAACUGCAGUGUCUAUGAGAGCUGUGUGGAUUGUGUCCUUGCCCGGGACCCCCACUGUGCCUGGGACCCCCAGUCCCAAAACUGCCGCCUCUUGCCCACCCCUAUCCCGAAGUUCUGGAAGCAGGACAUGGAGCAAGGGAACCCAGAGUGGGCGUGUGCCAAUGGCCCCAGGGGCAGGAGCCUUGGGCCUCAGAUCCGCCCCCAAAUCAUCAAAGAAGUCCUGGCCAUCCCCAACUCCAUCCUGGAGCUCCCCUGCCCCCGUCUCUCAGCUCUGGCCUCUUACCACUGGAGUCAUGGCACAACGACAAUCCCGGAUACCUCUUCCAUGGUCUACCGCGGCUCCCUCUUGCUGCUGCUGCGAGAUGGUGUGGGGGGUCUCUAUCAGUGCUGGGCCACCGAGAAUGACUUCUCAUACCCUGUGGUCUCCUACUGGGUGGACAGUCAGGACCAGCCCCUGGCCCUGGAUCCCAAACUGGCAGGCAUCCCCCGGGAGCGCGUGGAAGCCCCGCUGACCAGGGUCGGCGGUGGGGCUGCCCCAGCUGCCCAGCGGUCCUACUGGCCCCACUUCAUCACCGUCACUGUGCUUCUCGCCUUAGUGUUUUCAGGAGCCCUCAUCAUCCUCCUCGCCUCCCCGCUGGGGGCCCUCCGAGCCCGGGGAAAGGUCCAAGGCUGUGGGACCCUGCCCCCCGGGGAGAAGGCCCCCUUGAGCCAGGAGCAGUGCCUCCCACCCACCAAGGAAUGCAGGAUCUCUGCCUGUGAUGUGGAUGCCGCCGACCACAACUUGCAGGGCACUGAGGUGGCUUAAACUCUGGGUACAAGCUGGGGCUGUUGGACAGGGCAGGGUUCUUGGCCAUGCUGGCUGGGGGGGACCUGGAGCAGCAGUGCAGCCCUGAGUAGGAUGGGAGUAGCACAAGAGACCACCCUCUUCCCGCAAGAGGAGCUUCUCCUCCCACUCUGUGCUGCUGAUUGCACUCAGCAGGGCUGGGCACAGAGGCCUGACUCCCCUAUGGGGCUCCCUUCUACCAAGCAUGUGGCCUAACGGGGCCACCCCAGACCUGGACCUAGGCUAUGAUAGGAGGACCUUUCGAGGAGCCUUCAGUUCUGGCCAUUCGGGACACUCCAGAAACAUACUUCUGCAGGGGACCCGAAAACAUGAAACACCUAAGCAAGUAAGAUAGCACACGGCACCUGGAGGUUCCGCUCUGAAAGCAGCUGCCACCCUGGCCACCCACACUCCCCUCUCCCAGGGGUCUUCAGGGCUCUGCAGGGAGCUGCCCCUUCGUGCUCCUCUUAUCAAAUCAACUGUGUACCUGGAGGUCCUUCCUGAAGUCUGACCUCCUUCCUUCUUGCUUCAGUUGGGGCAGAUUUGAUCCCUUCUGGCCUGGCUAGACCGGCAGGAGUCAUCUGAGCCUUGUUCCCUCCUUUUCCCUGGCUGACUCCUGGUCCCCUCUCCUCUCCCCUCUCCUCUGUUUCAGGAGUCAGAAACUGCUUGUCACAGACAGUUUAUUUUUUAUUAAAAAGACAAAGCUUA